AUGUUGUUAAAACAACUUAGUAGCAUUAGGUAUUUGGCACGCCAGGCCCAGAGCUUGCAAGGGAAAACUGAAAUUGAGAGCAACUUACACCAGCUGCUAAAAUUAAGAGCAAAGGAUGUUCCUGAACUAUUGGAGUGGAUUGACAACGGAAGAUAUCUCAGUCAUGACAUUAUAAACGAGUUGAUUAACAUGAUGGGCAAUGCAGUCCUGAGGUCUAUAGUCGCAGACCUACGUAAAGAAUCACAGUUAUUUAGCCUUAUUGCAGACGAGUCUAGAGACAUAAGCAACAAGGAACAAUUAACAUGUGUUUUGCGUUGGAUAUCUACAACCAACUUAUCCGUCCACGAAGAUUUCCUCG